AUGUUUUCACCCGAGGCAUCGGUUAGGAGCGUUCGGGGCUCAAAUCCACGACGACGGCAGCGCAAAGAUUCAGACGGGCCCCAUCAGCCUAGGCGGAAACGCAGCAAAAUAUCUGAGGAGAUCUUCCACAAGCCAAAGGAGAGCCACAUCAAUGGAAACGGCAGCGCAAUUCUGAACGGUCACAUAGACCAGGACGACGUUGACGCUUCGCUCGUUGUACUUGAUCUGCCUGUGCGCGACAAGAAAGCGCCUGUCAAGCGUGCCGUGAAAGAAGACACAGGCUUGUACCUGACCAAGAACGAAGAUUACAGUGUCAGGAAGCUCCCUAGCUUCCCAGCUGUCCUUUCCAGCGGCUCCACACCUUUUCGAGGUUCUGCCCUCCCUUCUGCCGGACUCGCGCUCGCCUUGACAACUAACCAUGCCCUUGUAUGGGACUAUACCUCCGCUACGGGGCCUACCAAGGUUCUGACCCUCUCGCUCCCUUUCGGUUUGAAGCCAUCCGAUCCCCUCCCCCUUGGGGCGGUCGUCCGCAACGGUCCGACGAACGAUUUCGGUAUUCUUGCGAUCGCUCCAUCCACCGGAAAGAUAUCUUUUUGGGAGAACGUAGACAGUGCGGAGGCUCGAAGCCAUUUCCCCCAACGACACCAAGGAGUCGACGGAUUGGUCAAACUUUACUCUGGAGAAACCAUUACGGAUGUCGUGGAUGUCGAGCAUGCUGGCUAUGUCUUGGUCCUGAGCAGUGGCAGACUGGCGCAGCUGACACUCAGAGAUUCACAGGGCCGACCAAGUAUCAAUGCGACGGCGCUACACAUGCCCUCUAGCUCGAGUGGCAGCUUCUUCAGCCUCAAGGGACUCCUAGGAAGCGCCAUUCGAAGAUCGAUUGCUUCAGUAAAGGCCCGCACUUCCGAAUCCAGAGGCCAGAUGGAAGUGAUCUCGGCGACCAAAACUGGCGUCUUUCAGCUUUGGGACCUGAGCUGGUCCGGACAGCAGAUUUUCAAGUACGAGGUCGAUGUACAGAGUGAGAUCUUGGCUGCUAUCCAGAGCGGAACGCCUCCAGAGUCUCGCGGCCAGCAAGAGCUUCAUGUUUUGGACUUUGCAAUCUCUGAACACUCCAAGGCCCAAGGCAUAAAUAUUCUGAUGCUCGUGGCACUCUCAGGCCGUGGUUUCUUGGAGUAUACCCUAUUGGAAGUCGACCUGCAAGGGGACGCGGGCGUUGUAAGUCGCGCCAUACAGAUUCGAAACCUACAACAGAACCCACUUCCCAAGGAACCAACUGGCAAGCUUCUCCUUCCACAGUCUGGACAGACUGCUUUCGUCCAGUUCCCUAACGCUGUGGCUAUCGUGUCGCUUGCCGAGCCAGAGGCGAGCCCAGACGCGCAACUGCUCUCCGAUUCUGGAAAACCAUCAUUGCCCUUUCAGGAUAUAAUCUAUUUCCGUUCAGACCGUUCCGUGGAAGUCUGUGGUAGCGCUUUAGAGAGUCCCAGCAAGAAAGAGAAGCGUUCGAGUGUAGCUCUUUUCGUCCAGGGAUACGGAGUCGUGCAAUUUAGUGCACUCCACUCAUCUGCGGAUAGCAAGGUGACGGCUAGGAGCAAGCUCGAGCAAGCAACCUUCUUCAGCACGGUUCCUGACAACAUCCUGGACUUCACCGUGCAAUCAAGGCACGCUUUCGCACAAGAUGAAGUAGAGGCAGCGGCGGUGGACAUCAGUUCCGAAAUACUGUCAUCAUCAUUUGAGUACGUCGAGAAAGUCACAUCUUCCAUGGGUGAUCAGAUGCGAAAGCGCUGCUUUGCUCUGAACACUCUCAUUUCGCAUUUGCGGUCGGACUACCCCCCCUUGUCCUUUCCCACCAAAUGGAAGCUGUUGUGGAACGCAGAGAAGUUAGCCGCCGCUUUGGCUCUGUGGAAUGAUCAUCAGGAGAGGCUCCGAGACCAACAAGCUCGCCCUGACGCAUACCCGGAAAAUCUGCUCUUGCCGUACAUGGUCAAAUGUGUCCACGAGAAGUUCAAGACCGUCAUCAAUGCGGAUCUAGGUGAGACCGAUCCUCUGAGGCAAUGGUUCCUCCGAGACGUUGGUAUGAUCAAUAUUUUGCUUCCAUGGGCUUGGCAGUCCCUUCGAUUAUUACACUCCAAGAAUCAGUCCAAGGAGCGAUCGGUCAUAAUGCAACGGCUUAGUGAAGGCAACGACGUGAUUCUGGGAGCGCUGGAGGCUGUCAUAAAGUUCCGUGAAGAGAAUGCUGACUUGUACGGUUUGCCUCCUAAUUCACUCCGCGACGGGGUCUUGGAGCCUGGCCAGGGCCUUGACUUGCUGCCAGAGUUCUGGACGUCGACCCACAACAUGGUGGCAACCGUACGUAGUAUGGUUGAUUUCGGACGCAAUCUGGCCGAGGAGAGCUUCGAAAAGGAAAUACAAGAGGACCUGGCCAUGAAGAUUGCCAAGGACAAUCCUCGCCUGGUGCGACUCGAAUGUCAAAUGCACAUUGAACGAUUCCAGUGGGCAAUGGAGCAGGCUGACGAGCAGAGGAAAGAAAUGGGCCGAAACCUGAAGGAUGAGUGGAACAGCAAAGUGCGACCGGAACACAUCUACAACUUGGUCGACAUCGGCAUGGCCACAGAAGGAAUGAAUCUCGCCGAAACCUAUCACGACAUGCCUACACUUGUCCGCCUCAUUUGGGAUGAGACUAAGUACAUGGAGGAGAGUAAAUUGAGUUCGCAAAGCAAGAUGGAGCAGGCCGAAUGUACCAUCAAGCUCAACAGGAUCAAGGAGCGCAUUCAUCGCUAUUUCGAGAUGUAUGGGCAAGCAUGGGCGGAGGCUUUCUACACCCAGUACAUCACUGAGGGACAGUCUGGCCAGAUCUUCAUGAAAGAUUACCUCAACCAGCCAGCUUUGACGGCCUAUUUGAGAGCGGAUCCAUCUCGAGCCAAGCUUACCUGGAUGAAUGAAGUGACGGGCGAGCGCGAGUUUGAGUCUGCUUUCAAUGCACUUUACCAUGUCGGGGUAAUGCAGGAAUCCAAUGCAUGGUGCAAGAAGGUUGAGCUGUCUAUUGCCAAACUGGCGAUGUUGAGCAGGCAGGAAAUGAAGCCGGAUUCUGACGACGAGGAACCUCUCAAGCCUCGCCAGGAACACAAACUGCUCAAGGUUUCCCAUUCGUUGGAGUAUUCUAAGGUACAAGAUCAAAUAUAUGACCGCUUAGUGCCGUUCAUACAGGAGGCACUCGACGACGAAUCCGCAAUCCGGCUGCUCAUGGCCGAGUUUGGCCAAGGAGCCCUUGUCGAGAAGCCAGCCCAUCAGCAACUGCUUCAACAAGGAUUUGAGAACUUGAUCAACAACCGAGUUCUAGAACCUGCUCUCUUAAUCGACGUGCUCACCUUGAUCGACUAUAGCGAUUCGGCCGACCAAUUUGCGCUUGCUUUGAAAGCUCUGGCUCUGUCCUGGGACGGUAUGCAGAAGGCCACAAGAGAGAAUUUAGCGAAGCUCAUCUGGAAGCGACUUUUGAUCAAGGACGACUGGGCGGAGAUCAAUAACACAAAGGAUGUAGCAGAUUCGCAAUUGAACAAAUUCCUCAUGGAGAGUACCCAUGUCGGGAUCACAUUGCAAAUACUGCUCCAAUAUGUUGCCGAUGAUGCUAUCUACCAGAAUGUCUGGCCGAGGGAUGUCGACGCCUUGGUCGGAGCGGGCUGCACCAACGGGGAACUGUGCGUGCGCUUCGCAUCCGAAGACCUCCGCAACCCGAUCAUUGCGGACAAUCUGGCCGACGACCAGAUUCUCCAGACCAACAUCGAGAAGUACAGGCUUAACGAGUGGUUCUCCAAUGUGUGCAACGUGGCACAGCAGGUGCAUCACGCUGGGGGACUCGAGGAGCUUGCCGCGGCGCAGCUCGCCAACGGGUUCGACGAGGUGGUUGAGGGAGAUAUCGUCGAGCAGAUCGCCGAGGAGCAGGGCGAUGUGAGCAUGCAGGACUAA